CAGAUCCGAGGCUGGAUGGGCAGCGGCUCGCAUCACAGCUGAACAGGGGAGGCGGAGGAAAAAAAAAGAGGCUGUCGGGAGGCAGCCCGGAUCCAUCAAGCAAGCAAGCAGACCAGCCAGCCAGCCAGCCAGAGCGAGGAGAGGGACUGGGACUGGGGAAAACAGAAAUCCAGAUCUUCCCUCACGACCCUCCCUUCCCCUCCCACCUGAACAGCAACCAAAAAACCCCAAAACAAAACACGGGAUUAUUUCUCCUUUCUAGUAUCCUUCCUUUAACCAGAUCCCGAGCCACCUUUCUGAUUCUUUUUUUAUCUUGGAUCAUCCACCCUCUCCCAACAAGGACAAUUUUUUUUCAAAAAAACAUAUUUUUCUUGAAAGAAGCCUUCUAUUUUAAAAACAGCCACCACCAACUGACCAACACGUGUGUAUGUGAAUCUCUUCUCUUCCCCCCCCACCCCAUCCCCUUCUUUAAGAAUUGAAAGCAGACGCCCCGUUUCGGCUCUUGAUCAGCGUGGCCGGCGCUCCCCCACCCCGCCAGUUUUCAUGCGAGGCUUUGGGUCAUGAUUACAUCCCCCUUGCUUUCUGCCGUAAGAAGUAGUCAGCACGGAGGAGGAGGAGGUGGUGGAGGAGCAGGAGGAGGAGGCGCGAGAGACCUCGGAAACAGCAGCAGCAGCAGCAGCAGCUCUGAUCUUCCCUGGCAAAGCGGACUCACUGGGAAUCCUACAAGCAGCAGCAGCGGCAGCGGCAGCGGCGCCGCCACCAAGCCUUUCUUUCACUCCGUCCCACCCUCGGAUCCUUUACGACAGGCAAACCGCCUCCCCAUCAAAGUCUUGAAAAUGCUCACGGCUCGGACUGGACACAUUUUGCACCCUGAAUACCUUCAGCCUUUGCCUUCCACGCCCGUCAGCCCCAUCGAGCUAGAUGCGAAGAAGAGCCCGCUGGCCCUCCUGGCCCAGACUUGCUCGCAGAUCGGCAAGCCCGACCCGUCGCCCUCUUCCAAACUCUCUUCGGUCACGUCCAACGGCGGCGGCGGCGACAAGGAGGGGUCCAAGUCGGGCCCGCUGAAGCUCAGCGACAUCGGCGUGGAGGACAAGUCGAGCUUCAAGCCUUACUCCAAGCCCGGCGCCGACAAGAAGGAGCCCUCGGCGGGCCUCGGCGGCUCGGCGGCGGCCUCGGGGGGAGGCUCGGGCGGCGGCGGCGCCUCCGUCAUGACGGCCAGCCUGUGCCGAGACCCCUAUUGCCUCAGCUACCACUGCGCCAGCCACCUGGCCGCCGGCGCCGCCGCCGCCAGCGCCUCCUGCGCCCACGACCAGGCGCUCAAGUCCGGCUACCCGCUGGUCUACCCGACGCACCCGCUCCACACGGUCCACUCCUCGCUGAGCGGCACCACCCCGCCCUCGCUGGCCGGCCACCCCCUGUACCCCUACGGCUUCAUGCUCCCCAACGACCCGCAGCCCCACAUCUGCAACUGGGUGUCGGCCAACGGACCCUGCGACAAGCGCUUCGCCACCUCCGAGGAGCUCCUCAGCCACUUGCGGACUCACACGGCCUUCCCGGGGACGGACAAGCUGCUCUCCAGCUACCCCAGCUCCACCUCCUUAGCCAGCGCGGCGGCGGCGGCCAUGGCUUGCCACAUGCACAUCCCGACCACGGGGGCCCCCGGCAGUCCCGGCACGCUGGCUUUGCGCAGCCCGCACCACGCCUUGGGACUCAGCAGCCGCUACCACCCUUAUUCCAAGAGCCCCUUGCCCACCCCCGGAGCCCCAGUGCCUGUCCCCGCGGCCACGGGACCCUAUUACUCCCCUUACGCACUCUAUGGGCAAAGACUGACGACAGCGUCCGCUUUGGGAUACCAGUGAGUUUUUUUGGGGGUUCCUUUGAUUUUGAUGGGGGCUUCUUUUUUUCUUUCUUUUUGGUCGAGGGGGAUUGGGGUGAGAGCGAAAUUUAAAGCAACACUUCUGGGGGAAAAGAACAUAAAGCAAUCCUUCAAAACUUUCUUU